AUGAAAAAACGUAAGGAUAUGGAAGAGAGGCUGGAGGAGGAAGCCGUCAAAAUGGCAGAGCUCACAGAAAGUGCCAAGAAGAAAGGGGAAAGCAAAUUCAUGAGCGAGGAAGCCAAGAGGGAAGCUGAAGAGCGUAUUCGUGCAGAGGCGGAAGUAGUGGCUCAGUUGGAACGGCAGGCCGCUGACAUGGCUCUACAGAGGGAGAAUAUGCAGAAACAGCUAGCGGAACGAGAAGAUAUCAAAGCCGCGGAAAUCGAAGCCAAUACUUCCGCAUUGAAGACGAAGCGCGCCUUGGUCGAGGCCCGAAUGAGACAGGAGGAAGAGGAAAUUAAAACUUUGAGCGAGGCUGCCAAGCGAGAGGUGGAGGCCAAAAUGGUCGCUGAGGCCGCUGCCAUUGCAGAAAUGGAGCGGCAAGCUCUUCAGCUGUCUACCAAGCGUGCCGAGUUGCAGGCUGAAAUGACGAACAAGCGUGAGCUCGAGGACACGUUGGUGCAAGAAGCCCAAUUGAUCGCACGAAAACGUGAAGCAAUCGAAGCGAAGAUGCAGCAGGAGGAGGCAGAGCUUCAAAAGCUGAGCGACGAGGCAAAACAGAGAGUUCUUGAAAAGAUGGCUGCAGAAGCAGCGGCAAUCGCCGGGAUGGAGAGGGAGGCUAGCAAGCUUGCGGAAGAACGGGCCAUUCUGGAAUCCCAAAUAGCGGAGCAGCGUUCUUCGAACGCCGUAGAGGGCACAUCAGCCGUACCCACCAACACCCAGGACGACAAUGAAGGACAAUUUGGUCACGUUGACCCAGUGGAUACCCAGGGUAUACCCUUGACUACCACAUCUGGUCGCGAUGAGGCUUGUGCACCGGUACCCACCGUUAGUGAAAACGCCGAGGAGACUACUGACGUGACCGAGAGAGCCGCGCCGCAAUCUGCGAGUCCGGACAUGAGAAAGGAUCAAGGGGAGCCAGGUCUUGUCGAAAAUUUCACUUUAACCUCCAGUGCAGAAAGUCCGGAAGUGCUGAGGUAUACUGAGACGACAGACGAUGGUUUGGCACUUGCUGGCAGUGUUCAGGAAGACGGAAGCCACUGGAAUGGCCACCAAGCUGUUCCCCCGGCCGACUCUAUCGAUUCCGGCGUGUGUGCUCACUGCCGCACGCACCAGAGGGAAAUGUCUACAGCGCAUUUGGCCGCUGCAGCUGGACACUUGACUUGCCUUGAGGCAAUUCAAUCUACCCAACGCGAGAUAUUGGCGGAGGUUGAUUCCUCUGGUCGAAGUCCCCUGUUCUACGCGUGCGCGAACGCUCACGCUGAUGCUGCGGACCUGCUGAUUCAGGAAAGCCCUCAAAGCUGUCACGCGAUGGAUGUCAACAGAGACACCCCACUUCACGCUGCCGCUUUAGCGGGGUCGCGACUGUGUUGUCGGCUUCUCCUUCAGCACGGGCGAAGUGCGGUUGAACCCCUCAACGAAAUGGAAAUGACGCCAGCCCAUCUCGCGGCAAACAACGAUGUCUUAGAGGUCUUAUCGCAGCACGGGGCAAAUCUCAAUGCCAAGGAUGCGGACUUGCGAACACCUUUGUUUGUCGCCUGCGCUUCCGAUCGACUGGAGAAGGCAGAGUUCCUCUGCGAACUGCUCGAGUAUGCAGAUCAAGAUCUUGGUGAGGUAGACAAGCGCGGUGACACUCCAAUGCACGCGGCAGCGUACAACGGUAGCACAGCAUGCCUUCUACUCUUGCUGCAAUAUGGUGUCGAACCGGAUGCAAGGAACACGAAAGGCCUCAGGCCUAUUGACCUUGCUUCACGGAGAGGCCAAUCAGCGUGCGAGAAGAUAUUGAUGGAAUAUCAGUUGCAUCAUCACGUCAACAACUCAUACUUCGAUUCGGUGCUGUUCCUGGCUACUCUCGAGGGACACAAACGAUGUAGGGAAACUCUCAACAGCGUCAAGCAGCAGGGAGAUACCACUGCUGGAGUCCAGGAAGACUCGGCGCUUGUCCGCCCUCAGUCUCUGAUGUCUUUACGCCGUGAGCGUUCCGUACGGCUUGAGCACUGGGGAGACUGGAUUUCGUAUGAAGACCAGAACGAGAAGAGCGUGUUUUGGUACAAUCACGUCGAAGAGAAAUCACAGCGAGACGCGCCAACCGGGGUUCGCGAAGGCAGCGCAAGCUCUCUCACCAAAGCGUCCAUGCGACUGAAGCGGGAGGGUGACUGGAUAGAGUACACGCUCCCGGAUGGAAACGUUUUUUACUAUAAUGACAAAAACAACGAGUUCCAGUGGGAGCGACCCGACGAUCUCUCUUCGACUGCUGCUGUCUCUCAGGAAUGGGCCGACGAAGAUGAACGCCUCGAGGGCGAUACUGGUAUUGGCGGUUCCACAGGAGAUUGGAUGGCGUUCAAGGACCCAUCGACGGGGUUACUUUUUUGGUACAACCAGGUCACUGAUGAAUCGCAAUGGGAACCACCCGAGGAGGAUAGAGAAGUUGGGGACAGAAGGGCAGACACUGAGAGUCGUGCAGACGGCAAUUCAAUGGUGCCAGAGGACAAUGUACGAGAAAUUGACUCGGUGGACGACCUCUUUACUCCCCGAUAGCAUUCUCCUGGCGGAACCACACGCGGCGUAGAGGGUAGUUACUGAAAGAUGCGCUGGUCGUGUACUGUCGCCGUGGACGCUGAGAUGCAAGGUUUUUAAAUUUGCGUGCAUAAGACCGAGCAGGAGUACGUAGUACACCAUUAUAUAAAUUGAAUGGGAUGCCGUAA